ACGACGCUAUGAAAUGAGGAUUUUCGUUUCUAAGGUGAUGGUACUGCAGCGUCGCUUGCCGACCGUCCGAUUAAAUUAAGAAGAAAAAAAAGACUCGCUUGGUGGAAUCGAGGACACGAUACACUGUGAAAUCGGAAAGGAGUGUUCUAGACUAAUAUCUGUGAAACUUUUAGCUUAACUUCUAGAUCUCGAUCGAUGUCGUGAGGCGAGGACCAACGUCACGAGAGACGCUUGCUGCGUGCAAAGUGGAAUUAAAUGUCUUCAAAUUUCUCUUGGAUCACGGAAGCAGUUGAGAACUGAAUUUGAGUAGCGUUUCUUUGCUAUGAUUACCAACGAAAUUUGUGGAAAUUGCUCCAGUUAAGCUGUCAUUGAUUCACCAUGGGCAAACCAAGAACGUGUAGAGGAACCACGCUGAUCCACCUUGCCGUAUUUUUGCUGCUGGUCAGCACAGCCAGUGCCCAGUCUGCCACAGUUUCCUUCGUGGACUCUGCCAUCACCAUACAGGAAGGAGGGGCGGCAGUUGUCCGCGUGCAGAAGACUGGGAACAGUCCUGAAGAUGUGAGGGUAGUGGUCAGGUUCCAAGAUCCAAUGAGCGCCAGUGCAGACUUCAUCGGGACCAAUUUCAUCCUCAGCUUCCCCACCGGUCCGGGGACGUUGACCCAAGAGGGAACAUUUUAUUCCUUUGAUGAUGACUUGCCAGAGCCAGAUGAGGCGUUCCCCGUCACAGUGACUGUGUUGAGUGACAGUGCCACGGUUGGCAACCCCAGCACAGCCACAGUAACGAUCGCUGCCAAUGACGAUGCAUUUGGUGUGAUCGGCUUUGAUGUGGUUUCCCCUGUGAGAGUCACAGAAAGUCUCUCAUCUACUUCGCUCCUGCUUCCCUUGAAGAGAGACAGGGGGACAUUCAAUGCAGUUAAUGUCAUUUACCAGGUAACUGGAAGCACUGGAACGGCCAGCCAGGAUCUCACGCCAGUCGGGGGAUCGGUUACCAUAUCUGAGGGCAUUGCCAGGGAUGCAUUACGCAUUGUGGUGCUAGCAGAUGCAAUACCAGAGGAUGAUGAGGAAUUCACCGUUGAAUUGCUGUCGGUCACUGGCGGGGCAACCCUGAAUGCUUCGUCAAAAUCCGUUCUCUUGGUUAUAUCUGCCAAUAAUAGUCCGUUGCGCUUCGCCCAACCUCAGUACAGCUUUGCGGAGAAUGCUGGGACAGUGACGGUGGCAGUCCUGCGAGGUCUGGACUCCGACGGACUGACCCCUCUCGGACCGUCUGACCAGAUGGUCACUGUGGAGUACUGGUUUUACUCAGGCAGCGCGGAGCUCGGUGUGGACUGCGUUGUGACAAACGGCAGCUUAGGCUUUUCGCCGGGGCAGCUGACGAGGACCAUCAGCAUUGCCAUCUUGGAUGAUCCCGUGCCUGAGCUGGUGGAGGAGUUCUCCAUCGCCUUGGCAAACCCCAGCACCAACGCAGUGCUCGUGGAGCCGACAAGGACAGUGGUUGCGAUUCUACCUAACGAUGAUCAGCACGGUGUAUUGUCUCUCUUCUCUGGUAACUCAGGAUCGUUGCCAAAUGUUGUCAUCAACGAAGACACCACGUCGUCCACCGACAGGCUCACAGUCAUCCGUGAAGGGGGUACAUUUGGUAUCGUAACUGUGGAUUACAUCAUAACACGCAACGAUUCAAAUUCUGAUCCUGUCUCAGCCGACCUCUCACCACAGAGUGGCACAGUUACCCUCGCAGAAGGUCAAAGGUCACAAAGUAUCCUCAUCAACAUAAAUAGCGACGGCAUUCCUGAAGAGGCCGAGCAGUAUCAUGUGUCACUCCUGUCCAAUUCCGUGACCGGUGGGGCCAGCCUCGGAGCGAUCACUGAAGGCCUGUUGACCAUUCAGGACAGUGAUGACGCAUAUGGCGUAGUCCAGUUUUCAUCAGACGCUGAGCAGCGCAUCGUCACAGGAACCAGACCCAGGCGGCUCCAGCUCAUGCUCAGCAGAGCAGCUGGCGUCGUGGGCAGGAUAUCUGUGGCUUUCUCUGCUGAAUACCAUUUGCCAAAUCAAGGAGCAAGCACAGAUAUUUUGGAUAGCGGAGACUCACAGACUACAGUCAUCCCUGAUGGCUCAACGGUCCACCCCUUCCAAAUCACCAUCAAUGCCAAUGCCUUCCUCAGCCUGGGGGCCACCUUCAACAUCACCCUGCUGAGUGUGCAGCUGCUGGACCAGGCCACCUUGCUUCCGCCCAGUAGUCCCCGGCUCGGGGCCCGGACAACGGUCACUUUAGAGGUGACCAGCGACGUGGCCAAUGGGGAGAUUGGCUUCACCCAGCCCAACCAGGUCCUGUCGGUUGAUGAACCGGAGGGUACCACACCAACUCUGUUUCCGUUGGAAAUCACACGAGAGGGCACAUCCGGUGAUGCCACCAUCUUCUGGCGUAUCGUCGUGACAGACCCAAGCUAUCCAGUAAGACCCACCGAGGAGGACAUCAGUGCAUUCUCUGGUUCAGUUUUCAUUGCCUCAGGUAUCGCUAGAACCCAGAUUGUUCUGGAGAUCCUACCAGAUGACCUUGCCGAGACAGAUGAAACCAUGGUGGUCCAGCUGUACGACACCCAACCAGCCAGUCAGAUCCUGCGACAGGGCGACACAGAAGUGGUCGUGACAAUCCGUGAAAAUGACGGACCGGGUGGCUACUUCGAGUUCUCUCCUCUAACCGCAGGACCGUUUGUCAUAUCAGAGAACGGCGAUCUGGUCCAGGUGACCAUUCUACGCCGUGGUGGGAGUCUUGUAGCACGCAGCGUGCGGUAUUUCGCAACUGGGGACAGCGUGACCUCCCCGGAGUUCUUUGGCCUGCCCCAGGUCGUUACCUUUGGCCCAGGUGACACCGUAAAAAAUAUCUCCUUCAUUGCGGCGCCGGAUUCUGUCCCCGAACUCAACGAAACGUUCCAGCUGACGUUGGCAAGCUUUGGCAACCCGCCAAGUAACCUAGGUGAUUUGACCACCAUUGGGAUCAUUGUCUUGGAAAACGACGAUCCUCAUGGUGUUUUCACCUUCGCAGAGGACCCCAUGAUCAGGUACAUCGACGAAAGCAAGGGGACAGACGUAUACUCUGCCCGGUUCCCGGUGUUGCGGGAGGCGGGACUGUUCGGUUUGGCCAAUGUCACCUGGACCGUAGUCACCACUGGUGCUGCAUUGGACGUCACCCCAUUGUCUGGUACCCUGACUUACGGGGAUGGAAUCAGCCUACAGGAAAUUGAAAUAACUGCAAGGGCCGAUGAGAUUCCUGAAAAUCCAGAGUCAUUCCAGUUGGCCUUGACUAAUCCCACCGGAGACAGUCGCUUAGGCAGUGUUACCACGGCAACACUCAACAUCAAUAAGAAUGAUGAUGCCAUCUUCUUCAAAGAGCCCAUCACCAAGACGGUCUCCGAACCCAGCUUCGUCUCCUUCACUGUGGGACGGAAUGGCACCGCGGCAUCCGUCGCCUCCGUGGAUUACCGCACGGUGGCCGGCUCAGCCACCGAUGGCCUCCUCGACUACGCCCCCAAGUCUGGCACCCUGCAAUUCCCCGUCGGUGAGCGGACCCGGCUGGUUGAAGUCCAGAUACUAGAUGACAACACACCAGAAGACAAUGAGUACUUCACCAUCCAGCUCUUCAACCCAGUCGGUGAUGUUGUGGUUUAUGGGGCUCCCACGGCGACCGUUACCAUAGCAGCCAAUGAUGAUCCCUAUGGUAUAUUUAGCUUCAGAGAGCCACUUGCAAGUGUUUUCACCAGCGAGGGAACGUCCAUUUUUGCAGAGAUCCAGAGAGCAAGAGGGAACUUUGGCACCGUCCGCCUCCACUGGCAGAUUGUCUACAAUGGCACCUUGGACCCUGUGCCCCAGGGGUCAGAGUUUGAGAUGGUGACAGGAUCGGUGGAGUUUGCUGAUCAGCAAACCCAGCAGCGGAUCCAAGUUACGUCCAGGGUAGACGGGGUUCCAGAGUUCGCCGAAUACUAUGAGCUGAUCCUGGUCAACGUCAGUGAUGGUGCGUUGUCGGACACUGAUCCCAUCUCGGUCAGUUUGGAGAUCGCUGCCAACGACGACCCUUACGGUGUUCUAGUCUUCCCUUCCUCCUCCACGGAGAGAGAUGUUGCUGAGGAUUUCUACCUGGCCGACAACGCCACAGGGCAGGCCGUGUUCACCGUAGAGAGGGCCCAGGGGUCGUUUGGUCAAGUGGAGGUUCUUUGGGAGGUGUUCUCUGACUCCAUUUCUGGCAUCCUGCCAACUGUGCGGGACCUCAUCUUCCUUGCUGAGCCCAAUCCCAGCGUCCUCUCCCAGCCAGGUGCACAACGUCUUCAUACUGGCACCAGGGUGGCGUUGUUCAACGGCAGUGCAAGUUCCUACCUUCGAGUUCCCUCCGAGCACCAAAUCCCGACUGCCGACAUCCUCAGUGGAUUCUCCCUCAGUGCCUGGGUCCGGCCGGACGUGGGCGUGGACGGCUUUGUGCUGUCCAAGCUCUCCACGGACGGGAUAACUGUCCACUAUGGCCUGAAGGUGACGCAGUCGGGCAGCGCAACGAUGGUACACUACAGAUACUCAGGAAGUACCUAUACAAACACUGUGGUGGACUUCACCGUGAGCUCCCUCAACAUUGCGGAUGGGUUGUGGCACUCAAUCAUACUAACCAUUGACAGCCUAAAGGCAGCCUGCUACGUGGACGGGACCCUGGUAGCUGAACGCACCAUGGACCAGGCCCAGGGGGACGGGCCGGGGAACUUGUACGUCGGUGCCCUGCAGCCAGGAAGUGAGCAGUACCUGGGAUUGUUGCAAGAUGUCCGCAUGUAUGCCAGGAAACUUCAAGAAAGGGAGAUCGUUGAAAUCUGGACCGCUCCCUCCAAGAAUGACGUGACGCCCAUCUCGGGCAAAUUGACCUUUGACCCGGCUCAGCGCAUGGCCGAUAUCGCCAUGAUGUCACUGGAAGACACCGAGGAGGAAGGGAACGAGGUGUUCACCGUCAUGCUGCUGUGCAGCAGCGGGGGAGCACGCAUCGGGCGGGACGAUGCCACUGCACUGCUGACAGUUCUCAAGAGCGAUAAUGCCAAUGGCCUAUUUGGAUUUGAGGGUCCCUGCACACCCUCAGCCUUUGACCCGGAAUCCAACGAGGCACUGGUGUACACGUGCUCAGUUGUCCGUAGCCGUGGUGACGAGGGCGUAGUCACAAUCCCCUGGGAGGUGCGGAACCUAGAGACCAACCAGGUGGCGUCCAGCGACUUUGUCAAUGCAACGGGAAAAGUAGUGUUCCCAAACGGUGUGCGCAUUCAGACCAUUAUCAUAACUGCCAUUGAUGACAUGCUGCCUGAGCUUGAAGAGAGCUUUUCCAUCGAUCUCCUACCCCAACUCCCGCUGUCAGAUGACGGCCUGAUUGGCUCCACCAACACCAGCGGUGCGAGUCUUGACCCGGACGCCAGCACCAGCAACCUGACCAUCGGAGCCAACGACUACCCUUACGGCUUGCUCCAGUUUGCCACAGGCCCACCCCCAGGGCCUGCCGACCCCCUGAUACCCCCUGCGACACACAUGGUGAGGGUGCAGGUGACAGAGGAGGAGGGGAUGGUGCGACUGCUGGUGGUCAGGGCCCAGGGGUUGCUCGGCAGAGUUGAAGUGGAGUGGAGGACUAUCGAUGGCACGGCACUGUCUGCCGGCAAAGAUCCGGUUGACUUUGUGAGUGGUGGAGGAACUUUGACCUUUGCUGACCAGCAACGGUUCACCUAUAUCACUAUCGUCAUAAACGACAACAAUAUUGCCGAGUUGGACAAGACCUUUCAAGUCCAAUUGUCUAGCCCGACACAAGGAGAUGAUCAAGCUGAAGUCGGCAUUGGUUCCACUGUGGAAGUCACCAUAGAGGGCUCCGACAAUGCUUACGGGACGUUCCAGUUUGCUGAUGUCUCAUUGACGGUCACAGCAACGGAAGCAGAUGUGGGUUCCAGUGUAGCAACUCUGCAGGUACUCCGGCUGGGUGGAGCCCUAGCUGAGGUCACAGUUGACUGGACGAUCACCUCUGACCCCAGCGACCCCAACGCUAACGUGACGAGUGACCUGGUAACAUCCCAGGGCAGUAUCACAUUUGGGGUCAACGAGAUGACAGCCGACAUCAGUGUGGAGAUAGCAUCAGAUGAGAACCCUGAGCUGGAUGAAAUUUUCCUCGUUCGCCUGAGUAAUGCGUCCAACGGUCGCCUUGGGGAUCCAGCCAAACUGGUGGCCACGGUAACAGUCAGUGCCAACGAUGACCCUUAUGGAGCGUUCAUCUUUGAGGCAGGCUCAAGAAGCAUUGUGGUCACAGAGGAGUAUCGCAACAUCUCUCUGACAAUUCAGCGGCAGUUUGGCAGUGAAGGUGUUGUUCAAGUGGUCUACUCCACCCUGAAUGCAAACGAGAACAUACCCAACAUGCCGGCAUACAUCAGUCGCGCCAAGGAGAAUGACGACUUCAUUCCUGUUCAGAGUUCAGUGAUCUUCAGUGCUGGUCAGCUCAGCUCUACCAUCAGUGUCCUCCUCCUAGAUGACACAGAGCCUGAGACAGCAGAGAGUUUGUUUCUGUACAUUGUCAGUGUUAACCUGCUGUCAUCACCGCAGUCUAACCCAGUGAUCAACUCUCCUCGAGUGGGUGUAGAGCACAUUGCCGAGGUGUACAUCCAAGCUAACGAUGACGCCAACGGGGUGCUGCAGCUAUCAGCAAGCAUGGUGCGGGUGUCUGAAGAAUCCACGCUGCCCUUCCUGAACGUCACCAGGAUGGCUGGGUCAUUUGGAACGGUGACGGUAGCUUUCCAGCACAUCCCCGGCACAGCACAGCAGGGGCUGGACUACAGUGUGACGUCAACAAAUGUGAUCAUGUACAGUGGGGAGACAUACAAAGCCAUACCCAUCGAGAUAUUGAAUGACCGUGUGCCAGAAGAAGCCGAAACGUUCCAGGUGGUCUUGCUUGACCAGAUUACUGGAGGUGCUAUACUAGGGUCGCCCACUUCUUGUGAGGUCACCAUUGAGCCGUCCGACGAUCCAUAUGGCAACUUUGGUUUUGGAUUCACCAAUGUCCAAAGCAAUGAGCCGGAGAACGGCAACUCUCGUCAACUGAGGCUCAGCGUCAUACGCAAUGGUGGCGACAUCGGAGUGGUAGCUGUCAUUUGGGAAGCCAGGAUCAAGGGAGUGCUGGCUACAGAUGAUGUUUUCCCGACCGGAGGAACUUUGUACUUCCUCUCGUUUGACGUCAGCCAAACGUUCACUCUGGACAUCCUGCCAGAUGAUAUUCCCGAGGAAAGAGAGACUGUCAUCUUGACCCUAGUCAAUGCCACUGGGGGCGGAGUCAUUGGUAAUCCGCCCACGGCGACUGUCUCCAUUGAAGCUAAUGACAAUCCACAUGGUAUUGUGGAAUUCAGCAUGGAUGACAACAUCGUCCAGGAAGUAGCUUCAGAGGACACGGUGGCCAGCAUCAGGGUGACCAGAAGUGCUGGCACUUUUGGCGAACUGCAAGUCACCUUUGACACCCGACCCCUCGACCUCAUCCGGGAGGUCACCCAGAGUGGUGAGACAGCACUGGACUUCUACCAGUCACCGAUCACGGGCAGCCAGACGGGGGUGUCCAUGACGACUGUCAACGUGACUGGCCAAUCCAACCCCCGCCUGAGCUGCGCAGCGGAGUGUCUGAAGGAACGGGCCUGCGGCUCCUUUGCCUACCGCAUCUUCAACGGGGACCCCAUGUGUCUGUGGACAGUCUCCGCAGCAACGGACAAUGUGGACGCCACGUCUGGAUUCACACUUUAUGUGAAGAAUUUAGUGAAGGCCCAGGCUCUGUAUGACAGUCAAGCGAUACCAGGACUGGACUAUAUUCCAAUCAACAGUGGCACAGUCAGGAUACCAGAUGGUACGGCCUAUGGUUACUUGAAUGUGACAAUCCGCGACGAUACCACACCAGAGCAAAACGAGGUUUUCAAUAUGCGUCUUGCCAGUGUCACCUUGGUAGGCCCCACCCCACAACCCCAAAACCUCCCCACCCUGGGGAGCCGGCGGGAGACACGUGUCACCAUCGCCAGCAACGACGACGCCAACGGAGUGUGGCGCAUCUACAGCAACAGUCCCGAGGCCGUGGACGGUCAGCUAGUCCUGGUGACGGAGACGGAAGGGGUGAGCGUCAGCGUGGAGCUUGUGGUGGAACGCCAAGGAGGCAGCAUCGGCGAUGUCAGCGUGUCUUGGCGGGCAGUCCCAGGCACUGCCAGCGAAGGGGAUGACUACAGCGCCAGCGGGGGCACGCUCAACUUUGCCUCCGGUGAAAGCAGACAAGUGAUCAAUAUGGGUAUCAGGGAUGACCCAAUCCCAGAGAUGGACGAAACCUUCUCCAUUGAGCUGUACGAUCCAGUGGGAGGAAGCGAGCUCGGCGUGAACAGCCGUGUGGACGUUCGCAUCUUGGCCAACGACUACGUGGCCGGCAUUCUGAAACUCUCCAUGCUGUCGUACAUCGUCCAAGAGGGCGAGGAAUUUAAUGUCACAGUUGAGCGAUCAGCCCCAGGCAUGGGCCAGGUGACUGUCGACUGGUCCAUCACCGGUGUGAACGGGCAAGUGGCCACUCAGAGCUUCAUGCAGACCAACGGAUCACUGUUCUUUGCACCUGGGCAACUCCUGGAGGCCAUCUCGCUCUUAGUCCUCUCCGACGACACCCCUGAGGUAAAUGAAGAGUUCCAGAUUGGCCUGGGCAACGUGCGGACCAUCGGCAUCUCUCCCACGGGGGCUGCCACCCUAGACCCUCAGGGGUCGACAGCCAGUAUCACUGUCCAGGCCAGUGACGAACCCCACGGUGUAUUCAGCUUUGCCCAAGGGUCAGAGGUCGUGUCCAUUGCGGAGGGCAACACAACAGUCCAGCUCUUUGUAGACCGGAAGUUUGGAUCCAUUGGACAAGUACGUGUGUUCUAUGAAGCCAAAGUAGGUUCUCUUGACCCUGCACUACCUGCUGUAAACCUGGCCCAAGAUGGCCAAGACUUCCUUGGGGGGCCUAACUUUCUGGACUUUGAGGAUGGCCAAAGCGUUGGCGAAAUAGCCGUCACCAUAAACGAGGAUGACAUUCCGGAGUUAAACGAGGUGUUCCUGGUCAACUUGACUGCUGUACAGAUUCUAAAUCAAGCCAUCACCGACACUCCCCCGAGACUAGAUUCCUCAGGAACUCUGUCCGAGGUCACCAUUGAAGCCAACGACGGCACCCAGGGGGUGGUUCUGUUCUUAGGAAUCACUGGCAGCCUUGAUACCAUCGAAGCCGAGAGGACUCUACAGCUCACUGUGUCUCGCGACCGAGGCACCUACGGUGCAGUCACUGUCUUCAUCUACAGUCAGCCUGUGGAUGCCAGGAAGGGCUCUGACUAUAGCUUCAGUGAUCAGGUCCUCAGCUUUGGAGAUGGCGAGACGACCAGAACUGUCAAUGUUGCGAUAUAUGAUGACGACAUUGCAGAGGGCGACGAAACCUUUGAACUGAUCCUUAACAACCCGACGGGAGGAUUGCAACUCGGAGACCCUGCUAAAGCAACCAUCAGAAUCCUAGCUAGUGACGACGCCUUUGGCAUCAUCAAUUUUGGCGCCCCGACCAGAGUCACGAUUGAGGAGCCCUCUGACACGGACACAUCCAACAGCGUUGCCCAGCUGACCCUCGUCCGUAGCCGGGGGACGUUUGGAGACGUACAGGUCCCGUUCGCUGUCGUGCACGGUGAUGGGUCGCGAGGGGUGGUUGACCUGACGCCUGUGGAUGGCUUUGUCACCAUAGCUGCUGGAGAGAGCACAGGGGUUCUUCGCAUUUCGGCCACACCCGACGAUAUGCCUGAGCUGGAGGAGGAGUUUCGGGUGCUCCUGGCCACGCCCCAGGGCGGGGCCACCCUCGGGGGAAAUGACAAUGCCACCGUCGUCAUUCAAAGGAACGACGCCCCCUUUGGCAGCAUGCAGGUUUUCCCAAAAGGAACCAGGCAGGCCAUGCUGGACGUGGAGGAAGAGAAUAGAACAGCCUACUUCACUGUGGAGAGGUCAGGGGGUAGCAUUGGAACCGUCACGGUAGACUGGCAAGCUGUCCCGGGCACUGCAACAGCACAGGUGGGGGAUGUUCUAGCGUUGGCCACUGUCCAGAGGAUCGCUGGUCUGGCUGUACGCAGUUGGUGCUCGUACUCUGUCGGUCAGGAUGUGUAUCUGGUGAUGGUCAGUGAGGCUGAAACUGGUCAGCUGUCCAGCGGGGUUGGCAGCAGUGGGUCAGCGGAUGGCGCCACAUCCAUGCUGUAUCGGUGGCAGGGAGAGUUUGUCCCCGUGCAGACUCUGGAGACUGACGGUGGUAUGGCAUGCACUUCCUAUGACAUCCAAGGCACAACGUACCUAGCGGUUGCCAAUCACGGCAGCGCGGGGCGUUACGAGACGAUGUCCCGCAUCUACCGCGUGAAUGCCGACGGGACGCUCCAUGUGCUUCAAGACGUGGCCACCAGUGGUGCUACAGACGCUGUGUUCUUCACCAUCGGCUCGGACGUCUUCCUGGUACUGGCCAGCGAGUUGACCAAUGCCCAGCAGACCAACACGGAGUCAGCGCUGUUGCUCUGGACCGGCGUCCAGUUUGUGUCCGUGGCCAACCUGGCCACUACCGGCGCGGCGGGGCUGGAGGUGUUCAGCAUCGGUGGGGAUCGGUAUCUAGCUGUGGCUAACUCCUACGACUCCAGUCAGGCCAGCUAUGAGAUCAAGUCUGUGGUGUAUAAAUGGGAGAGUGGUUCCUUCAUGGAAUAUCAGCAACUGGACACACUCGGAGCUGUGGACGUUGAGUCUUUCAGUGUCGGCACGGCGAUGUAUCUCAUCUUUGCCAAUGGCCGGAACAAUGCGGGUGCCACAAGUGUAGACUCCUACGUCUACCGCUGGAACCCCUCCACGUCCCUGUUCGUCAUUCACCAGACCAUCCCCACCCAGGGGGCCCAGUCCGUUGCCACGUUCCUCACCCCAGAUGGCACCACCUACCUGGCGGUGGGCAGUUCAGGGGCAGACUCUACCCUGAUGGAGUGGGAGCCGUUCUCCGCCAUGUUCGUGGAGAGUGUCGUGUUGGGCCCUGCCUACGACGUUGUAGCCUUUACUGUCGCUGAUUACACCGGGCGUGACUUGGUGAUGCUGGCAUUGGCCAAUUUUGGUGAUGGGACCUCAGUGUUGGAAUCUUCCAUCUUCCAGAUGGCGGGGGUCACCAGUGCCUCAGAUUUUAUUCCAAGAUCGGGUAGACUGACCUUAAACCCUGAGGACACAGCAUUGACUGUCGCUGUGACAGUGCUAGACGACGCCCAGCCAGAGGACGACGAAUCCUUCCGCGUGGUGCUCAGUAACCCCACGGGUGGGGCUGAGUUGGGUCAGCAGUCUGCGGUGGGCGUGGACAUCCUCUCCAACGAUGAUGCCCACGGCAUCAUCGCCUUUGCUCAGGAUUCCUUGGAUGUCCAAGCCACGGAGCAGGCCACGGACACAGCGGUCAUCCUGACCAUUGAGAGACAGCGUGGCACAGCAGGAGUGGUGGUGGUUGCCUGGGUGGCCUCUGGAGAGCACGACCCCGCAGACAUAAGACCAACCUCGGGAAUGGCCGAGUUUGCUGACGGUGUCUCCACGGCGGCUAUUGUCAUCACCAUCACAUCGGACGCUCUCCCAGAGCUGGACGAGACCUCCAUCAUCCAGCUGACCAGUGUAGUCAACCCGGGCACCAUGCGGCCGGGCCGUGGCGCGAUAAUAAGCAACACGGACAGCAGGGCGACCUUGACGGUACUUGCCAACGAUUCGCCGCACGGCGUCGUAGCCUGGACGCUGAACUCCCUGGUCAGUGUUGUUGGGGAGCCCGAGGGUGCACAGCCGUCGGCAUCCGUCAUCCUGCACGUGCUGCGAGAGCAAGGCUCCAUGGGUGCAAUCAACAUUAGAUACAAAACUUCCAGAGCAGCUGAGUUGCCUGCCCUGCGGCAAGCCGAGCCCAACCGAGACUUUGUUUCCCAAGACAGCUACGUCAGGAUGGAGGAUGGAGUCACUGCUGCCUCCCUGACCAUCACAAUCCUGCCAGACACUGACUCUGAAGGCCCAGAGACUUUCCUGGUCAAUCUGACCUCGGUAGACCUCGUCACUGGUACCCCGGUUGGCGGCGCAGCGCCCAGUGUCAAGAACGACCAGGCCGUGGCAGAAAUCACCAUCACGCAGAACGACAAUGCCAACGGCAUCUUGCAGCUGAAUGCAACGAAGAAUGCUGCUGGUGAUGUUGAAGUGUACGAAGGCUCGGGCACCAGCGGAAUACUCAGUUUACCAGUCAGCCGUACAGCAGGUGCAUUCGGUCUGGUAGGCGUUAACUGGCUGGCAACCACUGUGUCCGCGAGCACCGUGGACUUCUCUCCGCUGUCCGGAAAUGUUACCUUCAUCGAGGGACAGAGAGAAGCCUUCGUCGAGAUUUCCAUCACUGAUGAUACUAUCUAUGAAAAUGAUGAGCGAUUCACAGUUUCCCUGCACAACCCAAGCGGGGGUGCUGUUCUGGGUGCCGAGACCUCUGUCAUUGUUAAGAUCCUCCAGAAUGAUUCGCCUAAGGGACUGUUUGGAUUCCUGUACACACAGGAGACGGUGAUGGAAUCUCUGAGCCCCUCGGAUCCCAGCGGCCUGGUGACCCUGAUUGUGGAGAGAACCCAGGGUACGCAGGACGUGGUGGUGGUGGAGUGGGCGUUGGACCCCCUGGGGAGGCAAGACCUCAACCCCACCCAGGGCUCGCUGACCUUCCAAGAGGGAGCUACUCGUCGAACCUUAACUCUACGAGCUGUGGAAGACUCCGAGUUGGAAGGAGAAGAGAGAUACACAGUCACUAUUCUAUCUGUCACCGACGAUGCAGAAAUCUCUCCUGUUCAUGGCACAACUACCAUUGUGAUACAGCCGGAUCCCGGAUCAGCCGGCGUCAUAUCCAUCAUGCCGCAGUCAAGAUACGUCCUGAUUGGCGAGCCAACAGCCAGUCAUGACGGCACAGCCAUGCUGCAUUUGACCCGAGGUGCUGGGAUCUUCAGCAGGGUGACCGUCAACUGGCAGCUCAGCCCUCGUGACGAUUCCACUUUCAGUCAGACCUCGGGCAUGGUGGUGUUUGAGGAUCUUCAACAGAACGCUACCAUCAUGCUACAGACAAUCGAUGACAGUGUCCCGGAGAUCAAGCAGACCUACGUCCUCCAGUUGUCCUCUGUCACUGGGGGUGCGGCUAUUGACCCCGAAGCUGAUGCCAACCAGGCCACUGUCAUAGUGGUCGCCAGCGAUCACCCACACGGUGUCUUUGAGUUCAGUGGACUUCCUGAGGUCAUCGUUAGUGAGGACUUGCCCCAAGUGAGCCUUGAAGUGGUGCGUAAUGCCGGCAUUACUGGAGCCGUGAAGGUGACUUACACAACCAAACAAAUAUCAGCCAAACCCAGUGAAGAUUACGUAGAGGUGACUGGAGAUUUGAUUUUUGGAGAGGGGUCAGAUGUCAAUACCAUCAGCGUCAGUCUGGUUCCAGAUGACCUACCAGAGGGUCCGGAAUCGUUUCUGGUGAAUCUGACCGCAAUUGAGCUACUACAACCCGUCAAUAAUGACUACUCUCAGCGGGACGGCCUCGCACUGGACAUGCCACCCGUGAUCGGCCCGUUCAGCGAGAAGACUGUCACCAUAGCGGCCAACGACAAUGCCCAGGGGAUCAUUGAGUUUGCCCAGGGGAACGUCUUUGAAUUUUCUGAGGGUGUGGGCACAGCCAUCAUUCCUAUCGUCCGCACAGCUGGGACCUUCGGCCUGGUCCAAGUCUCCUUCACGUCCAGGAACCUGAGUGCCACGCCUGGAGGCGUGGACUACUCCCUGACGGAUGGCUCCGUCAGCUUCCUGAAUGGCCAAUCCCAGGGAGCCAUCAAUGUGGCCAUCAUUGAUGAUCAGCUCAAGGAGUUUGCGGAGGUCUUUGAGAUCAUGCUGACGGGGACCCAAGGGGGUGCUGUGCUUGGCCGCAACCGGACAGCCACAGUGGUUAUCCUUAAGAGCGACGGUCCGGACGGCCUGAUUGGGUUUUCAGCCACCCAGCUGGAAAGGGUCAUCCCCAACCCAGGCAGUAACCGAGAUAUUGAAUUCACCAUUGAGCUAUCUGGUGGAAUUGACCAGUACCUGACUGGGGCUGAGGUCCGUUGGCAAAUUCUGGGCCCCAACUCCCAGACCCUCCCGCCGGACACCGGCGACAUCUCGACUGCUGAUGGCCAGCUCCAGGGCUCGGUGACCUUUGAUCCCGGCCAGCGGGGUGCCAAGAGCUUCACACUGCGGGUCAAGCCGUACCCAGGGCCUGAGGUGCAGGAGACAUUCAUGGUGGAGAUCUACCAAGUUGUAGGGGCAGGGGAAAUCAGCGAGGAGGCAGGCCGUGCCACGCUGAAGGUCCUCAAGCACGGAGACCCCAACGGCGUGGUCAGGUUCUACGGGGAGUCCAUUAACCCGCGGAGCUUUGAGGAGCCGGUCGACGGUGGGUCGCUGAAGGUGUCCUUCCCUCUCAGGCGACGGGAAGGCGUGGUAGGUGACAUCAGGGUGUACUGGGAGGUGCGAGACGCUAGGGGUUUAGUAACUGGGGACGUCUCGCCCGUUAACGGCAGCCUCCUGAUCCCCGAUGGCGUGGCCAACACCCAAAUACUGCUUGAUAUGCUACCAGACCAGACGCCUGAGCUGCAGGAAACCUUCCGUUUGGUCCUGGUGUCGGUGGAUGGAGGGGCAGAGAUUGACCCCCAGUUCAACACCUCCACUUUUUACAUCCAACCCAAUGACAACCCCCACGGUGUGUUCAGCGUCCACCAGGAGAACCAGACGGUCGGCGUCAAUGCCAACAUGAGGCGGUACCUGCAGAUCCUUGUCACGCGCGGCGCAGGCACCGAAGGCGACGUCGCAGUGACCUUUGAGCUGAAAUACAAUGACGGAAUAACUGGUGCUUAUGUACCGAGCAGUGGUUCCGUCGUCUGCCAACAUGGAAAUAUCUUUUGCACAAAAGAUGUUCCGUUGCUGAAUAACGACAUGUUCUUGGAGAGGGAUACAUCAUUCAACGUCACCCUGACCGGACUUAGUUAUCAGACACCGGGAGAAGUCACCAUUCCUCCGGUCCUGCUGCCUGGUGCGAAGAGCGCUCUCAUCGUGGUGCCCCAAGAGGCCGCCAACUCGUUUGUGGGGUUCAAGUUGGACGCCACCACCGUUGACGACAUAUCCUAUCGUACCAUUCUGACCGUCGAGCGCAUUGGGUCCUAUGGGACAAUUAAUGUUCUGUGGGAGGCCGGCUACCCGUUGGCUGAGCUCCCCCAAGGUUACCUGCAGGGGGCCGUGUCGCAGCGGUCUGGCCAGCUGAACAUGGCCGACGGGAUGUCUAAAAUCACGCUGCCCAUUGUGCUCAAUCCUAGUGGCAGUCCCAACGAGCUGUUUGCCGUCCACCUGACAAGCACCCUGACCACGGCCGAGGGCGGGGCCAGGUUGAGGGAGGGGCAUACUACUGUACCCAUUGAGCCUUAUGGGGUGCUGGGCUUCUCCCCUGGGUCCAGACAGGUCUCUGUGUCAGAAGGCAGCGGGGAACUGUCUCUGAUGGUAGAACGGCAGCUUGGCACCCUGGGCAGCGUACGCAUGACCUACCAGACCCACGCUGCCUCAGCCGUGUCUGGGGAGGACUACGUGGCCAUCACCAGCGGUGCCCUCACUAUGGCUGCCGGGGCCCGCACGGCGGCCAUCUUGGUGACCAUCCUAGAGGAGCAGGAACCCGAGCUGGCCAAGAUCUUCUAUGUCAACAUCACCAGCGUAGCCCGGUUACCCAUCGAUGGAACACAGGGUACCAGCCCAAGACUGAGCUCUAGGUUCCCUGUCUCAGAGGUGACUAUCCAGGGCAGCAAUGAUCCCUACGGCGUGUUGAGCAUGAACCCCGAUGUGAUCGAGAUAGCUGAGAGUGAAGCCACCUGCAAGCAUGUCACACUGAACAUUCAGAGAUCAGGUGGCACCCAUGGGGAGGUCGGGGUCAGAGUUCGGACCAUUGGCGGAGGGGAGCCCUGGCAGGGUAGUGUGACCCCCCGCCCCUCCGAUACCACCAACACCGUGGAGAACGCCCUGGCUAAUACCCAGGACAGACCCCAUGCCACGGCUGGUCAGGACUACCGAGAGGUGGACAUGGAGAUCACGUUCCGGGACGGAGAAACUGAGAAGAGCUUCCAGGUGGAGGUGUGCGACGACGGACUAGCCGAGCCAGCCGAACUGUUCUUUGUCUACCUGUCAGAGCCCACAGGAGGGGUCCGCAUUGCCCUGGGCCAAAGCGAUGGUGGACUCAAGGGGUUCACUCACUUCACCAUUGUCGGGAGUGACAAUUUCAACGGGGUGAUCAGCUUUGCGCAAGAAUCGAGGUUCGUGACCGUUGACGAGGAUGCCCAGCCCUCUGUUACGCUCACACUUGAUAGAGGGCAGGCUUUCUUUGGCGAAGUCACAGUGGAGUGGCGAGCGACGCACAGUCCCAUCGGAGACAUCACCAAUGAUGCUGAUCUCUACACACAACUCGAGGAGGCGCAGGGCAUGGUGACGUGCCCUGCCGACCAGCGACAGUGCACGUUUGACAUCACUCUUCGACAAGAUGAGGAGCCUGAGUUUACUAGCUGGUUUCUGGUGGAGUUGGUGGGCGUGGGACAGGGAGCCAGUCUGGACACAGCCCAGCGGUUUGCCAACGUUACAUCAUCGGACAGUGACUAUCCGUAUGGCCUGCUGCAGUUUACUAUGGACACCAGGUUCCAGUCGGUUCACAGCAACACAAAGCGUGUCAGCUUGCGCGUGGAACGAGUAGGCGGUAGCACCAGAGACAGUACUGUGUCCUGGGGGACACUCCAGCUCGACGCAACUGUCCAGUUGGCCGGUCUGACCGCUUACCCGGCCAUAGCAGAAACCGACUACGUGAGCGCUUCAGGCGACUUGGACUUCAGCUCGGGCGUCCGGCGGAUACCAGUGGAUGUGGUCCUUCUCCCAGAGACGCCCGCCUCCUCAGCUGAAUACCCGAAGCUGCUACGGGUUGAACUGACGGGGGCUACCGGUGGGGCCCUUAUCCACACCCAGCAUGGUGUGGCCAGCAUCACCCUUGUUGAAGACGAGCGGACGGCCGACAUCUGGGACAACCGUUACAGUGCCCUCAUGGGCCUGAGCGACGACAACAUCUACAACGUCCUCCUGGGCAUGGCCGAGCACAUCAGGGGCCAGCUGACCGAGGAGCAGCUGGCCGUCGUCACGGAUACCAUUCGGAUGGUCGUCGCCGAGGGGGGACGGAGGAAAUUACCUAGCAACCUGCUCAGUCAGCUGAUGGAUAUCUACUGUGUUUUGAUGAAUCCUGAACGACUAGACUCAAGGGGCGCAUACCAGCUGGCAGAAUCCUUCAGUUCGUUUGCCUUCGUCCUCGUGACGGACCUGCCCUGUGAGACGACAGACCUCCAGACACUGUCCUGCGAUCAUGCCGUGGUGGAGACAGGGCGAUGGUCUCGGGGUAGAGUCAACGGCCACAACUUCCAGGGAAAAGGACAGAACAGCUUUACCAUGCCAGCGGAACUGCUGGACACCAGUGCUUCCUCGUCUUGUGAAGACAUUCACUUCAUCGAGUACAGCAGCCAGCAGUGGUUCUACGGGAUUGACCAAUCCUCUACUCUCAAUAACCAGGUUUUGUCGGUAGCCAUCAAAGGGGCAGAGCAGAAUUUCACCAGGCUGUCCAGCCCGGUCACUUACCGCAUCUAUGCCGACAACGCCCGGGUUACCCCCCUCGGAGCCAGCUGCGUCAUCUUCAACAGACCCACAGAGCGCUGGAAACCCGACGACUGCCAAGUCCUGAUUGAUCAGGGUGCCUAUGUGGAGUGUUCGUGCACUCACCUGUCUGACUAUGCAGCCCAAGGCGAGACAGAUAACCUGGUUGGCUACAACGUCUACAUCUAUGCAUCUUGUUUUAUCUGCAUUGUGGGCCUGUUGUGUGCCAUCAUUGCUCACGUCGUCUGCUCAGUCUACUCCAUGUUCUCGGCCAAGCUUCUCAUGCAUAUGUGCUUUGCCUCUAUGUCACUCCAGAUCAUCUUUGUCAUCUCGGCGUAUGUGAGUAGCUUCGUCUCUGCACCCUCCUGUGCUGCCCUAGGGGUGCUGAUCCACUUCUUCUUCCUGGCACAAUUCACUUGGAUGCUCGUACAGGCAUUCAAUUUGUGGAAGGUGUUUGUGAUCAACGAUGAGCACACCGACAGAUACUACAUUCUGUUUAUUGUCAUCGGCUGGUGUUUGCCCGUUGUGGCUAUUGUCAUCUACGUGGUGAUAGCAUAUGCCGCAUUGAACUGGCCAUUCCUUGGUGUCACGUAUGGAGAUGUGCACCUCAAUGGAGACAUUUGUUUUAUGCCUAACGGCUACGCAGCCUUAGCCAGCGUCGUUGGUCCAGCUAUCCUGUGUCUCUUUGGUGUGGCAACCUUCUUCAUCCAUGCUUACCAAGUCAAGCCGCAAUGGAAGCGAUACGAUGACAUCUACAUGGGCAGUUACAACACCACCGAGGUUCAAUUACUUCUGGUGUUCUGGGCGAUCAUCUGCUUGGUCUGUCUCUUCGGCGGCCUUCACAUGGCCUACAGUCAGCUCUGGAUGCUUAUUAUCUUUGUCAUCUUCAACAUUGUCCAGGGUUUGUAUGCCUUUGUGGUGUACACUGUCCUCCGCAACCAGAUCUGCCGUCCCCGGAAGGGCAACUACUCCCUCAACCCGUCUGGCUAUGACAACUCGGUCAUGCUCCUUGACAACAGCCAGUAUGCAGCCAACGGCCUGAUGGCAGCAGGCUCGGAGAAGGGGUCCAGGAUCCUGCUGACCAAAGCUGAGCAGCCCCCCGGGAUGACCCUCAUUGGAAGCCAGGACUUGGAGUGGGAUGCCCAGUCUAUUGGUCGGCAGAGCCACCAUAGUCAUCAGAGCCAACACAGCCAGCAUAGCAAGGCCAACCCAUCCCAGCACAGUCGGCCGGGCUCGAUAGCCAGCCGCGGUGGCGGAGGCCGGCCGGGCUCCGUCACCAACAACCUGUAUGCCCCCGGCCCCUUCCAGGACCCGGCUCCGCUCCCCACCCACCACCCCCACCACGAUGACGACACCGACUCCCAGGACUUUGACGACCUCAUCUUCGCCCUCAAAACGGGCGGGGCUUACGUGCGGGAGGGAGGGGAAUCGCGCAGCCGGCCCUCUUCGCGAGUGAGCAGUACUUUGCAGGAUGACUCCCAACUUGAGGACAUGGAUGCGACAGGAGACACUACGCAAGAUCAUUACGAGAUGAGAAGAAUACAAAUCGCCGAUACACAUCUUUGAUCCCUACCAAACAGGCCAAGUGUAUGUAACAUGGUCAUCAGACUUCCAAGUGAAGCAUUUUGGAUUUGAUCAAUAUCCACCAACGACCACAGACCCAUAUGCCUCCCCCUGCUGUGUCUUCAUUGAGAUGUAGAUUCUUCAGAUGCACUGUAAAUGUGUGACUAAAAAUGUCACCAUCAUUUCAUGCUGCCAAUUUAGACUUCUGUGCCUGGUCUUGAACUCUGUGCCAUACAAGAUGCAAAAAUAUACGAACCCUUGAAAUCUUGAGGUGAUUGGAAAUCGUGGACUGACACCAUUUUUGUACUUCGACAAAGACUUCUCUAUUUUUGUAUGUCAUUGCCGUGAAUGUGUUUUCUAUAGCCACAUUUUUUACUCUGUGUGGAACUUUUGUAGUGACUUAGUACUUAAAUUGUAGCGUAUUCAAAUUGUGUACUUAAAUUGUAGCGUAAUCAAAUUGUGUACCAGAUUUCUGGAAGAAAAUGGAGAUAGCUUUUUCUGUCAUCAUUAAAAUUCAAUAACUCUGCAUUCCUUUCAGAGGAAAUUUAUGAGUCAUACUCAGUACUUUUGCCGAUGGUGAGCAGGUUGAGAAUUAAUAGGCUUAGUACCUCUUUUCUGAUGCUGUGUAUGAACCUCUUAUGUUCUUUUGUAAAAUGAACACAGAUCACUUGCCCAGAUUUUUAAUUUGAGAUCUUUUUUUUUGCAGAGUUUAGCCUAGCUUUGAAAUUAUCUGGUACAAAAAACUCAAAUUUGACAACAAAACGUUUGAUGUUAGUAAUAAGAGGCUUCUUUGUGCUGGAUAGUUAGGCUGGCACCUACUCUGCACUGGUUUGAUAUAUUCUGAGGUCAUGUGCACAGCCUUCAGGAUACCAGACAACAAUAGCCACAACCACUUGCUGCAAUGGGGCACAGAUCUGAGCCCCAAGGAAUACCAAACAAUUCUGAUAGUUUCAAUGUCUUCAUGCAUUCGUAUAAAAGUACUUCUGUCAAAGCUCUGUAGACAUGAAGCAUAUCGAUUGGAAAAAAAUUGCAAAAUAAUUUGUUUUUUAACCUGCACAAUACUGUUGCAUCCGUCCUGUAUUGAAAAAAAUUAUAAGUUCAUAAUGUAAUACCCGCUAGUUUUGUUCUCUGAGUAAAAGUGUACUGACAUAUCUUACUGCGAAAGAACACAGUGCAUUGACCUUAAUUAAUUGUUAUUUAUCACAAAAAUGUCAACUAUAAAGAAAUCCAAUCAAGGGAUUGCAAUUACCAAUAUCUCCGUCCUAUUAUCAAAUUAUUCAGAAAUAAUUAAUUAAUCAAAAUUAUUCAGAAAUAAACAUAUGAAUAAAAAAUAUGAAUAAAGGUUAUAUAUUUGCCUGUAAUCAUGCAGCUCCUUUGAAGCCAAAUUGGAAACUUUGAGGAAAAAAAUUAAUUUCUGAAGUACAUAAUUUAAUUAAUUGAAUGUCUUAUAUUUAUUUGACUUUAAAGCUAAUUUGAAUCCUACAAGCAUUUCUCAAACAUGGGUAGUGAAUGACUAGAUUUUUAAUCCAAGAAGCCUGAUUGAGUUUGAUUUUUAAUAAUUUUGCGCUCAUACUCAGGAUUUGGGGCUGUGGACAAAUCACACUAUUGUAGCCAAGCAAAAUUCAUUUUAAUAAUCCCGUCGUUUUUUCCGUAAUCAUGUGGGAUUUUUUUUGUUCAGAAAAAAAAAACAAUGGAGCGCCUAGCCUGAAUUGUAAUUCGUACGUCACUGUACUUUUCAAACAGAACAGAGCUGAUUAAAUUAAUGUUUGUAUUCAAUA